AUGUCCGUGUACGGGCCAUACAUACUUAAUUUGUUUCAUAGAAGCAAGUAUGUGAUAGAGAAUGGUGUAGUGAACACAUUUGAGAACAAGCCGGACGACACUCUUAUUAUUGAUAGUAGGUUGUCAUAUAAUGAGUUGCUUGGUUUGAUUUGUGUGGCGUUUGGUUGGAAUCUUGAAAUAGUUAGGAAACUCUACAUUUCGUUAAUCUUUGUGACUCACGGUAUAAGGCAUACCAUGAAGAUAAAGAAUGAUUCACAUGUUGGGAUCAUCUACCUUCUCGAGCCAAUGACAAGUGUAGAUUUGUACUUAGACACGGAGGAUAUCACUAACCAAGAAAAUGAAAACAAUCAUUAUGGUGGAUCUUUCUUUACACAAGAUGAUCACGUGGAUGAGGGUGAACAAAAUGGUCCAAGGCAAGAACAAGCAAGUAUUUCACGGGUUCAUGAAGAAGAUGGUGGAAGUUUAUUUCCACAAGAUGAUCACAUGGAUGAGAAUGAUUCCAACUACGUAGCUCCAAGCGAAAGCUCAGAAGCACGCGAUCCCUCUUCGAGUAGUGAGGUCGAGGAAAGUGAUGAUGAAGAAUUGGUGAAUGAAGAAAGGGAACUAAAUCCAUUUUUCCGGUGCCAUGUGUAUAAGGAAAUGGGUGAAUGGAAUACCUCGAGUGUUUACAAGGAUGAUCUUGGUAUAAAAAUGUGGGACGAGACUCCCAAGGGAUGGGUAUUAAAGUUUGUUUCAAGUCCCAGGCAGUUCGAUGUAGGACAUUAG